CGCGCCGUGUAUAACGCGUACUGCAACCACGUACGUCAUCGUCCCUUCGAUCGCGAUCUAUUAUAAACAUAAUAAUAUUAUACGCACGCGUUACACUCGUAAUAAUUAUUUAAGUACGCUCGGCGAGUGCGAAGAUAACGAUGCGGUUAAACGCCACGCGACCAGGACCUUCGAGGCCAGUGUGAUCGGACGUGGUUGUUAGAAUUAUAAGUAUUAUUUUUUACCGGUUCCGUUUUUUUCUCUUCACGAGUUAAUAAGGAUUUGUGGACAUGAAGGUGUCCAGUGUCUUGUGUUUGAUGUUAAUGGCCCUGGACCCCGGGGUCCGGGGCGAUGACCUUAACGAUUUGUUGUCCGACAACUCUAGAUGCCCGUGGUUGUGUUCCUGCGAUCAGACAACGGCUGAUUGUUCCAGGAAAGGUUUGGACGAAGUGCCCAAGAACUUACCCUCCGAUAUCGAAAGACUAGACUUGCAGGGAAACAACAUUACGGUCAUAUCGUCUACUGACUUUGCCAACCUKACUAAUUUACGAGUCUUGCAAUUGUCGGACAAUCAAAUUCAUACGAUUGAGAAAGGAGCUUUUAAACAUCUUGAUCGAUUGGAACGAUUACGAUUAAACGGCAACGAGCUCAGCGAAGUGCCCGAUUUGGUGUUCUACAACAACCCGCAGCUUUCUAGACUUGAUCUGAGCCAUAAUCGGUUGCUGUUCGUCGGGAAGAGCAUGUUGAAGGGUGCUCAAGCUUUAAGAACUUUGCUAAUGGACAACAACCGUAUYCUGUGCAUUGACGAGCACGCCAUCAAAGGACUCAAAGACCUAGAAAUACUAACUCUAAACAACAACAGCCUGACUACGCUGCCUCCGGGACUGUUUUCUGACCUAUACCGCCUGCGAAACAUCCGGCUGUCCGAUAACAAGUUCCAGUGCGACUGUAAGCUCGAUUGGUUGUACCAACAAUGGUUACCUAGGAUUCCUAGACUAGGAUCGUCGACUCACUGUCACGGGCCAUCGAAUAUGGCUGGUCUGCCACUGGCCGAUAUGCAUAAACACCACAUGCAGUGCGACGGCGAUUUCGACGGGGAAACUGUGGAMUGUGGUCCUGGCGUCGAAGACCAAAAGUCCUCAUGCCCGCAUCCAUGUUCAUGUGAAGAGGGGGGCAUCGUGAAUUGCAGGGAGAAGUCGUUGACCAAGGUGCCAACCAAAUUGCCCGAGGACAUCGUAGAACUGAGACUAGAACAAAAUCAAAUCACCGAAAUUCUCCCCAAAGCAUUCGUUAAAUACAAACGUCUGCGAAGAAUUGACCUCAGCAAAAACCAGAUAACAAAAAUAUCAGUGGACGCUUUUCAGGGUCUGAAGUCGUUAACAUCUCUAAUGCUGUACGGCAACAAAAUAAAAGACUUGCCCGGUGGGGUGUUCCACGGCCUCACUUCGUUGCAACUGUUGCUUUUGAACGCAAACGAAAUAUCGUGUAUACGAAGAGAUGCUUUCAGAGAUUUACACAGCGUCAAUUUGCUCUCACUGUACGAUAACAACAUUAAGUCUUUGGCAAAUGGAACCUUCGACUACAUGAGGAGUAUCCAAACUCUGCAUUUGGGUAGAAAUCCAUUUAGCUGCGACUGCAACUUGCGUUGGUUAUCAGAAUAUUUGCAUAAAAAUCCAAUAGAAACAUCCGCCGCUCGGUGCGAGUCACCGAAAAAGUUGCAAAAACGAAGAAUAGAUGGCUUGAGUCAUGACAAAUUCAAGUGUCUAGAUGACAUGAAAUCUAAAACCUCCGAUUGUUUGUCUGAUGUCCCAUGCCCAUCGAACUGUUCCUGCGAAGGUACAGUUGUCGAUUGUUCAGGAAGAUCGUUAACUGAAAUACCAAAAGACAUACCAAUUUACACCACUGAAUUACUUAUGAAUGACAAUGAAAUCGGAAAAAUCAAGUCUGACGGUCUGUUUGGUCGGUUGCCUCAUUUACAAAAAUUAGAAAUGAAAAGAAAUAUCAUUAGUAGCGUCGAAGCGAACGCUUUUGAAGGUGCCAUCAAAUUAUAUGAACUAAAUUUAUCAGAAAACAAAAUUCGACAAGUACACAACAAAAUGUUCAUUGGUCUUCACAAUCUCAAAAUUUUAACUUUGUUGAAUAACGAGAUUACGUGCGUUAUGCCUGGAUCUUUCGAUUAUCUACCAGCUCUCCGCACCCUAAACUUGCAGAUGAACCCUUUCAAUUGCAAUUGUCAUCUGGCUUGGUUUGCCGAAUGGCUAAAAAAACACGGGCUAAUUGCCGGAAGUCCCCGAUGCGCCGGGCCCGCUCGAGUGAUGGACGUCCCUAUUCACGAUUUACCUUCAUACGAAUUCAAAUGCUCCGGUGACAACGAUCAGGGUUGUCUUGGUGACAACUAUUGUCCUCCAAAGUGCACGUGYAUUGGAACCGUAGUCCGAUGUACAAGGRCGAAGCUAGUCGAGAUACCAAAAAAUAUUCCUGCCGAGACCUCCGAGUUGUAUUUGGACGUAAACGAAAUUACUUCGAUUAAAGUCGACAGGCUCAAUCAUCUCAAAUCGCUUACUAGAUUGGAUUUAAGUAAUAACCAUUUAACAGUUUUAUCAAACAACACGUUUUCUCAGUUAUCAAAAUUAUCCACUCUACUCUUGGGAUACAACAAGUUACAAUGUCUGGAAAAAAAUUCACUAUCUGGCCUUAAAUCGUUGAGAAUCAUUUCGCUACAUGGAAAUAAUAUCUCAUUGAUACCAGAUGGUACAUUUUCCGGGCUCGACUCGAUUACUCAUUUAGGUAUCGGCUCCAACCCACUGUACUGUGAUUGCGGUCUACAGUGGUUAGCGGAAUGGAUUAAAAAAGAUUUCAUCGAGUCAGGUAUUGCCAGAUGUGCGGAACCCAUUUCCAUGAAGGACAAACUUCUACUAUCCACGCCCGUUUCAAGUUUCGUUUGCAAAGAACCGAUCGGCAAAGACAUCCUGUCCAAGUGUAACACGUGCUUCACCAACCCUUGUUCGAACGAAGGCUUCUGCGAGCCUUUACCUGAAAGACAAUACAAAUGUAGAUGCAAUCCCGGGUAUCAUGGUAAACAUUGUGAAAACAUGAUUGACGCGUGUUACGGUAAUCCGUGCAGGAACUCGGGAACUUGCAAACUGCUCGAAGAAGGUAGAUUCAGUUGUCAAUGCGCACCUGGUUUUACCGGAGAUCGAUGUGAAACUAAUAUCGACGACUGUUUGACCAACAAAUGCGAAAACAAUUCUACAUGCGUUGACCURAUUCAAGCGUAUGAGUGCCGUUGCCUACCGGGAUACACGGGUGAUUAUUGUCAAACAAAAAUACAGUUCUGUUCUAAAGACUUCAAUCCYUGUCAUAACGGAGCCAAGUGCGUCGAUCACAUUACCCAUUACGCUUGCGAAUGUCUACUUGGGUUUUCGGGUGACAACUGCACAGUAAACAACGAUGACUGCCAAAAUCACAUGUGCCAGAAUGGCGGUUUGUGCGUGGACGGCAUCAACGACUAUACAUGCAAAUGUGUCGGAGAAUAUACCGGCAAGUUCUGCGACAUUUCACCGAGUGUCGCACUCAUGUACCCGCAGACUUCGCCCUGUCAACACCACGAAUGCAAAAAUGGAAUAUGUUAUCAACCGAACGGUUCUACGAACGACUACUUAUGUAAAUGCGCUCCGGGGUACUCAGGCAAAAGGUGCGAAUAUCUGACAAGCUUGAGUUUUGUACAUAAUACUUCGUUCGUGGAAUUAGAGCCUUUGAGGACUAAGCCCGAGGCCAACGUGACUGUUGUGUUUACGACAACACAAGAAAAUGGAAUUUUGUUGUAUGACGGCCAUUCCGAACACUUGGCCGUUGAAUUAUUCAACGGGCGUAUUAGGGUCAGUUAUGACGUUGGAAAUUAUCCCGUUUCGACCAUGUAUAGUUUUGAAAUGGUCGCCGACGGUAAACAACACAUGGUCGAACUUUUGUCGAUAAGAAAAAAUUUCACACUAAGAGUCGACGGAGGUGUGGCCAGAUCGAUAAUCAACGAGGGGUCAAGAGAUUACUUGAGACUCACCUCGCCGUUGUACAUAGGUGGCACACCCCCAGAUCCCGGUGCCGAAGCCUUUAAUCAUUUUCAUUUAAGAAAUUUGACCAGUUUCAACGGGUGCAUGAAAGAACUUUGGGUGAACCACAAACUAGUGGACUUUAUGAACGCGGCACGUCAACAAAAAGUGACGCCCGGCUGUUCCCUACUCCAAGACGAAGAACAAAUGGUGGAAGAAGAAGGGGUGAAAUCGACGAGUGUAGUUGAACAAGAACAGAGCUCGACCAUGGUGGAUGAGGAGCAGAUGGAACCACAAGAAGGACCAAUUGAAGAAGACGAGGACGAAGAGGACGACGAAGAUGAGGACGAAGAUGAAGACCCUUGCUAUAAUAAUCAGUGCCAUAAGGGUAGCAAGUGUGAGCCCAAAGGGAUGAAAGAAUAUAUUUGCAAGUGCCAACCCGGUUKGUCGGGCAAGUACUGUACGCAAGGUCCCACGUGCAAGAAAGUACAGGUGCGGGAGUACUACACGGAGAACAACUGUCGGUCGAGAAAACCGCUGAAGAUGGCCAAGUGCGAGGGCGGCUGCGGGACGAGCUGUUGUCGGGCGCGCAAGACCAAGAAACGRAAGGUCCGGUUGAUAUGCAACGACGGUACGAGGUACACCAAAGACAUCGAGAUCAUACGCAAGUGCGCGUGCGCCAAAAAAUGCUAUUGACUACCAGGCCCCUCCACAGCACCACCGCCAACGCCGCCACCGCAGCUGACCACGCCGCGCACCGUCGUCGUUCUGCCCCACAUCUCCCGCGGGGUGCCCGUCGCCGACGUGAACCGCCGGCCGCGCCGCACCAGAUACCAUCAGCAGUCGACGCUUCGUCCACAGCGUAGCGCGUGGACCGAAGACGCGUUCGCGUACGUGACAGCGUACGCCGCCGUCUCCGUCACCGUCGAACUGUUGAUCGUCGUCAUCUGGUCGGUCAGCGUUUGUAUAUAUCUUCUUCUGCCGUAACCAACCCCUGCACCUUAGUAUUAUUAUUAUUAUUAUUAUCGUCGUCGUCGUCGUCGUCGUCGUCAUUACUCUAUCAAUAUCUCCAGAGCUGGGCGAGUUAAUGAUUGUUUUUAACUCAUUCAAAUUAAGAACAUUUUAAAAGCUAAUACACAUUUUACCUUAAUUUAUAUUUUUAUAACACUGGCCUUAUUAAUUACUUUAACUACUCAAAACUAUUCCUUAAUUGUUUCUAUAUAGCACUAAAUUUAAGUGUUUGGUCAUGAAAAA